AUGGCUCCUGCACCGACGCUCGCCAAGGUGGGCAUCCUGUCCAUUGGCGACAUGGGCAUGGGCAUCGCCAAGCUGCUGAUCGCCAACGGCUUUUCGGUUGCAACCAACAUCGCCGGCCGCAGCCAAGACACCGCUGAUCGUGCCAAGGCCGCCAAUGUCCAGGUGCUGCCGUCGGAUGCGGCCCUGGCCGCCCACUGCGACAUUAUCUUUUCCGUGGUGCCGCCGCGCGACGCUGUUGAGACCGCCCAGCGCAUCGUUGAUGCCCUGCCCGCCGCCAACCGCCCGGCGGACCGGCCGCUGUACUUUGCCGAUAUGAACGCCGUGGCACCGUCGACGUGCAAGACCAUUGCCGGCCUGUUUGCCGCCGCAGGGACCAAACCGCCCGUGCACCUGGUUGACGGAUGCAUCCUGGGCGGGCCUCCGCAGCUGCGGCCGGCCGCAGCCACGCCGCCCGUCGUGACGCCAGCGGCAUUGGCAUCGGACGGGGCCGACAAGGCCAACUCGUCCGCUCCCGGGACCAUCUCGUCCGACGCCGCGGCCCCCCUCGAGUGGUACCGCCCGCUCAUGCCCACGUCCGGCCCGCACAACCUCGACGUCUUCCCCACGCUCGCCGCGGCUCUCAACAGCCGGCACAUUGCCGACACGAUUGGCAGCGCCAGCGGCCUCAAAAUGUGCUUUGCCGCCAUGUCCAAGGGCUACUCGGCCAUUGCCAUCCAGGCCUUUACCACGGCGCACAAGCUCGGCGUGCUCGAGGACCUGCAGUGGGCCAUGGGCUCGCUGGUGCCGGGCCGCGUCAAGCAGACCGAGGGCGCGCUGACGGGCAUGGCGCCCAAGGCCUACCGGUGGGUGCGCGAGAUGGAAGAGAUUAGCGACACGUUUGCCGAAGAGGCCGGCUUUGCGCCCGACCUGUUCCGGGGCGCCGCGGGCGUAUUCAAGGCGGUGGCAGAGGACACCGUGCUGGGGCAAGAAAAGAUUGGACAGCGCAAGCGGGGGCGGACGGCCGAGGACGUGGCGUCCGCCAUGGCUGAGGGCUUGGACGCGAAGCGGCAGAAGAAGCAAAAGAGGGAAGACUAG